CCUUAAUCCAAAAGCCAAUAGUUUUUUUGUAUAUACAUACCUCAAAUACCUACUAAAACUACAAGUUUCUACCCGUCGCUAUCGGUUGCUCAACAUCCUCGACUAAUCUACACGCUUCCCCCUGCACCUAAAUAUCCUUCUCGCCCAUAACACCGUCGUUGCAUCUCCGGCUAUUGUGCUUUCUUCUUCAAAUCGUUACCCAAUGUGCCUCUCUUGUUACGAUCGUUGUAAAGAACCACGCCAAGCGCGAUUAGUCCUAUAAUCAGUAUGUUGGCUAGAAGACGAGGACGGUCAGCGACCCAUUUUCAAUAAGAAAUUGAUGUACCGAAGCUCCCACAAACUCGGCUAUGCUUUCCAAGACAUUCCACACCAGGGACACUACGCCGUGCACAAAAGCAUACACCACGUUGAAGAAUGACUGGAAAACAGCGAAGAUGCUUUGGAAAAUGCCCUGGAAAGCUAUCAUGUGGUAAAGGCCUUCAAAAAGGUUCGUCAUCUUGUGUCUUUUGAGUGAUUACAGUAGUAGAAUAAUUAAUUCACUACCUACUUAUAUACUUUUCCGGGCGUUAUACUCCAUCGUCGCUGGAGGACAACAUGAUGAUGGGGGAGUGAACAACGAUGACGUCGUAGACCACAAAUGAAGCGGGAGGCCAGGAGCCAAACAAAAGAUCGAGCCCCCAUUAAAUUACGUAACAAAAGCAAUAUUUAUUUGGGAUCUUAACCUGUCGGUUCACGCAUGGUGUUCAGUAAUACUUUUCACCUUUUCUCGAUUCGACAUCCAUCUAUCGGCGGCGGAACCCUUCCAUCCACCACGGAUAUCUGCAUCGCGCUAUACUUCUGUACGGUAUGAAGUAAGAAGAAAACCGAGAACAGCCCCUAUACACACUCGAAUUUCCCCAAAAGUGCGACGUCUGCCUUUGUCGCCACAUCACUAAACAAGGGCAGAAGCCAUGUACCCCGACGCUGGUCCUUCUAGACCAGCACCGUAUCCAGCAAAGCCGCUCGUAGGCACGACUGGCCGGUCCCCCAGGUCGGGCCCAUCGAGACGGGAUGAUUUUGAACGGGAUAGAGACAGAGAAGGAUAUAGUGCAACAACACGACCUUAUCCGAUACCACCGUGGUCCAGUAGACUACCGCCUCGUCAACCCGUCCGUCCUUACCAAUCCGGCCCAAGCAUUGGUUCUCGGCCACGUAGUUUUAGCCCUUCGCCACCUCGAAGAUCGUACGAUCGUGACUGGGAACGAGAUAGAGAUCGUGAACGUGCUCGAGACCGUGAACGUGAUUGGGAAAGAGACAGGGAUAGAUCUUACGACGUUCGUGAUCGUCUUGCUUUGGAUCCCGGAUGGCGGUCGGGAACCAGUAUUGCGGGAGAUUUGGAUAAUCAGCCACCUCGAAGACCUGGCGGGUUUUCUUCUGUACCGUCCCGCGGGCCAGAUAGGGAGGGCUGGGGUCGAGAAGAUCGGCGCUGGAUUGGAGACCGACGAGAUGACCGGGACCGCUACGAACCAUCACCUCGUGGACCUCCUCGGCCGAUAACAUCAUCCAUGCCCCAUUCAUAUCCUUCCGAAAGGCCGAGAUCCCCUCCUUCGGCUCCUCGAGGUCCGAGGUCAGUGACAGCUCAACCACUGGCCUCUCCAUAUCCUUCCCGGAUACCUCCAGGGCCCAAGUCUCAAGGCGCUCCGAUGUGGAAUGAUAGGGACAGAGAAUCUGGGCCUCGACGUACCUCCGGACCCAACGGUUUACCAAGUCUUAAUCUUGCCGCUGCACAAUCCCUCUCCGCGCAACCCUCUCCAACCAUCUCCAAGUUUUCCCCUACUACUACCUACAUACCAAAUGCCCCUAAUUCUGCGAGGGGCUCGAAUAGUCCCAUCGACUCCAGACGCACAAGAGAUGUGGAAAGGCCUCAGAGCUUACCUCCAGGCUCAAUAGUACCAAGUUUACCGCCAGUCAACACGGAGAUCGAACCGAAACCUGCUCCGGAAUCGCAAGAUUUAGAGGAAGGCGAAGUGGUAUCUCCUGUACAAACGGCUCGUAAUCCCUCAUGGAAUUACCCUGAAGAACGUCGACGCGCGUGGACUCCACCUAGAGAUCGAGAUAGAGAGCAUUGGGAGCGCGAAAGGGAGAGGGAAAGGGAGUGGUUACGAGAAAGGGAUAGAGGCAGAGUUGAUAGGGAUUUAGACAGGAGACGACCUAGUCCUGCUUUGAGCUCUUGGUCGAACAAAAGAACUGAAGAAAGUCGUCAAGUAAGGCCACGGCGAAGUCCAUCUAACCCUCCACGCGAUCCUAUUCGUCCUAUUUCUCCUGUGCAACGGUCAAAGCAGCCUACGCAUGUGCCGGUUGAGGACGGUGAAUUGAGGUUAUCGGAAGCGGCUAUCACGUCUGAUAAGCGAAUUGAGGAGCUAAAAAGGGAUCCUGAACGGACAGAUCAUCCAGCUACGCCUUCUGUUCCUCCACCCCCAUCACUACCUGACGCCGACGAUGGGAUGCCUGAUAGCACCCCGGUGAAGGAAGAAAAAGAAGCUAGUCCUGUUGAACACCCUGCCAUUAAUCCAGUGCGUGAUACGACAACGGAGACUGGGUAUUCCGCAUUACCUGUCCAACCUACGGCCGAUACAUUGAACGAUGUUACAAUGAAAAGUCCUGUGAUCGAAACAGUCGAUGCGCAGGCAAACGGCAUGCUUCAAGAGACUAUCACAACGGAUAUUAUCAUGACUAGUCAUGACACAAAAGAUGUCUCUAUGGAUCCUGCUUCGCCUCUCGGCCCGCCCCCUCUUGAAAAUGGGUCUGAAGUUUCUGUCGAAAGGCAAACUUCACCGAUUCUUGAUGCCGUCGCUCCAUCUCAACUAACAUCUCCUUCACUUCCAAAAGCAGAGAAAGUUAUAGAGUCUGUCGAUGCCAAUAUGGCGAACAACGGUGCUGUUCCGGAACCCACCGAACCAUUUUCAGGCAAGCAAACCGACACGGUUCCCCAGCUCUCUCCUCACUCUACUAUUGCCGAACGACGAUCUGUCAAACUCCCUCCAAACAUUCCUUUAAAUCGCAAAGAAUCCUUUCCUCGUAAAGACUCCAUGCUUUCUGGCCAAUCUACCGACGUUGAGAAUGAUGUCGAACUUAGAACUGCCGUCUCUGAAAUUGACACACUUGUGCUUGAGGACGGCGAGGAGCAAGAUGAAUUGGGAGCUGAAAAGGCCCGGGAGUUGAACCUUAUCGCAAGUGUCAAGGCGGCGCAGGCAAGGCAUGUCCACUUGCAAGAGUUCCCCAUUCUUGCAUGGAACAUGGCUGCGGCCCCGGAGGAGUCUUCAAGGGUUACGGUCAUGGAUGAUGAAGGGCGAGAGCGGAUGUUGAAGGAGUUUACCCGUCCUUUGAAGCGUGAAGAAGCUAUCCGAGCCAAAUUUGUCAGAUUUGUUGUCGCGCAUGAAAAGGUCAAGACGAAAAAUACUAUCACACGGCUCAAGGACAGCUAUCUUUCCAUCAACAAAAAAUGGAAGGACCAUUGUUCAUUCCUCGACGAGCUCAUGAAGGAACGCGGACCUCCUCCUCCUGAACUUUACGCUAUGCCCGGUGCAAUACACCCCGUCGUCACGCCUGGUGCUGUUGCCCCAACCACCCCUGCUGUUGAGGAAAUUUUCAACUCUCGUUCAAACCGUCGUCGUGGCUUGGGCGGUGAUAUCGUUGCUACCGAUGCCGAGUUCGAAGAAAUCUUGGCUGGGCUUGCCGACAAUGCUCUCAAGGAUCCGAAUCUCAGAGCUUCAAAAACUGCCGCUGUUAUCCCCGAUAUGAUUGUUGGCCAGGAGAGGAAUUUGCAAUACGACAACGAUAAUGACCUCGUAACAGAUCCCCUUUCUUUCUAUGACAAUAUUGGUGUCGCCGAACCUAUAUGGACAUCGGAAGAACGAGCUAUCUUCGUCAAACGUUACUUGGCGUACCCAAAGCAGUUUGGAAGAAUUGCCGAUGGAAUUCCUAACAAGACAGCUGGUGAAUGUGUGCUUUAUUACUACAGAACCAAGAAAGAGAUGGAUUACAAGGGCAUGUUGGCGCAUAAGCGAGGUGGUGGAAAGAGGAAAUUGGCAUUGAAAAAGGGUGCGAAGAGCUCGGCGUUGAUGCAAGAUUUGACGAGGGCAAAGCCAACAGUGUCCAAAGAUGAUGCGGCUGUUGCCACGCCUGCUAAAGGUAGAGAACAGUCGGUGGUGCUUCCAGCUGGCGGUAAGCGAGGAAGAGGGGAAGGCGGAGGACCCGGUAGGAAAAAAAGAGUAUCGCAAUCGGUUGCAGUGCCUCAAACGCCAACUCCGCAGAAUGAGGAGGAAGAAGAAGGUCACAUGGAUUCGGCAUCAACGUCAAGGGCCGGUAGCGAAGUUCCUUCAGUUUCUAGCACUAAAGCCAAGAUGCGUAUGACUGUCAAGACUGCCAAACGACCCCGAGUCAGCUCAAUUCCCGAACUUUCUACACCAACUCAGAACCCUCCGGCUCAACCUGACACAACUGCCUUAACACCCGCGACUGAAGUUCCUGAGCACCCUUCUUUGACCAACACAACGGAACUCGCUGCCGCUGCUCUCGCCUCUCUCGCAGAUGUUGCAACCUCUGCCGCUCAAGCUGAAUUGCUCCCACCCGUCCGGCGUGCUGGUAAACGACGCAAGAUCGCUGGUGAACCGGGUCCCAUUGUCGAUCCCAACGCUCCUCCUGCCAUCACCGUUGCUGGAGCACCGGAGAAGGAGAAACCCGCACGAAGAUCUGCCACCAAUUCUUACUGGUCUGUGGAGGAGAGGCGAAAAGUUAAGGAACUUGUCGUGUUGCAUGGGAUGGAUGCCAAGUUGAUUGCAGCGCAAUUGAAGGGCAAGUCCGAAAGGCAGGUGGGGAAUUUUUUGGAAGGUCAUAGGACGGAAUUGGAAGCUUUGGAAGGUGUUACUGGGACGACGGGAGUUGUUGAAGAAACGAAGGUGCAGACAUCUACACCACUUGAGUCGCAAGCUCACCAACAAAUUGAUGCGCCUGUACAAGCUCGUCCAGAAAUGUACAACAAGCCUCGCCAAAGCGGUGGACGUACAAUAUACGACGCCUUCCCUUCAUUUAUGUCUAGUCAAGAUCGCUACGAGCCGCGCUUGGGUAUGUUUCCUUCUUCUAACCCUGUCAGCACGCCUACUCCGGCUUCGCAUGCCUCUCAUAUCGCUCAAUCCGCACCAAAGUCUGCUCAAGGGAGUAACAGUCCUGUGAGGCCCAUCUUUAGGGCGGGCGGUAUGCGCAUAUCUGCUCUUUUGAAUGAUGAGCCUCCGACGGAAGCAGGUGAACAGGGUGAAAUUGGGGUUGUGCCGGAUUCUAUAGAUACCGCCUCAGAUGUGACUAUCGACGAACGCGAACUGGAUGUCGUGACGGGACCUUCCCCGCGUUCGCUGCCUGCAGCGUCUGACAUCCCCGCGGGUUACCCGUCUUACGAGCAGCGACAUGAUGAACGCCAUUCGGCUCACGCUUCUCAAUCCCCUUCGUUGCCUCACAUGUCUCACUCGCCAAAUGCUUGGAACGGUACUCGUCCUGAAGCUUCUCCUAUCUAUGGACAUGCGCCUGCUGUGCCUGCGCCGACAUUGGCUCAUCGUGGAUCAUGGGAGUCUCACCCCCCACCGGGUCAUAUCUGCACCAGCAGUACGACUAGGUUUGAGACCCUCCCUCCUAUUCGUUCCCAGCCUGCGACAUAUGAUCGGUCACCUCUUGCACAUGGCCAUAUUGGUCCAUUGACACCACAUGGUCACGAUCGAGAGCAGUUUCAUCAGCAGCAGCCGCAAGCACAUGAUGGCAGUCAAAGAGAGUGGGACGAGAGAAAAUAUGAGAAGACGGAAGGGUUUCAGUCUGCGACGUUACCACCGCUAAGAAAUAUGGAGCAUGAAGGAGGGGCGCAAGGAGGGACUGGCGAUGGAGUGGCAGAUGAUAGGAACGGUGAUCAGGAGAGAUAAAAUUGAGGUAGCAAGAGAAAUGAAGGGAAAAAGUGCAGCGAUGAAGUCUAGUUCUAUAUAACAAGUAUAGUAUUGCUAGCAGUGUAUCUAGCUAUGUAUAG